AUGGAAAAUAUUGAUGAAGCAUCUAAAAGAGAUACAAACCUAAAGUACCUUUCAAAGCUACUAGAAGAAAAGAAAUUUGAAGAUAAUGAAACAACUUGGUGCUCAAUGUAUAAACUACUGAAAAUAAAAUUCAUAAUUGAUAAUAAUGUGGAGGAGUCUGUAGAGACCAAUAAAACAUACCAGGAUGAUGAAUCUUUUUGGGAAGAUGAAAGGUUAACCUCCAAGAACAAUGAAGAACUAUUGGACCUAAGCUAUACUCAUAAUUUCCAUCUGAGGCAUAAUGAAUGUUGA